GAGAGACAGGCCGACAAAGGGAUCUGUGGUGGUUCUAGAGUGAUAAAGUGGGUGUGGGCAGGACAGGAUAGCUAGGAUGAGGGAGGGGAAGAAGAAGCUUACGGUUCCAGAGAAUGGGAGUUUCAGUUCAGAACAGUAAACACACACGCAGAGCAAUAGAAACAUGAUGAACAUGUAAAUGACCUAGCUGGAGAAAUAGCCCACCAUUAUUUUGGGCUGAUGAUUAACUGUUGGAGGAGAGCUUCCCUAUUGAUUGUGUUCUAAAAUGUCUAAAAAGCCGAUAUCUUAAACAGCGAAGCCAGCGAUUCUGCCAAAUCUUAAAACUGCUCUCCUCUUCUCCUCUAUCUGAAAUACAUUUUCAGAAUAAUAUUUUGUUCUUAUUCAUCGUAGUGUUCUUUUGAUGCGAUUUCACAGGUUCUGGGAUGUCUGCAUAAAGCCUUUGUAUUUCUGUGCUGUAACCUUAUCUGUGGGUGUGUGUGUACUGCGAUGACAUUAUGAAGGAAUGCGUCUCUGUUCGGUUAAAUGUCAUCCAGGAAGGCCAUCCACGGCCUGAGGUUCAGCCGAGGCCUAUGGGCCAGGAGGAGUCUGAGCUUUCCUCUGACCGCGGCCUGGAGGGGACUCUGACCAACACUUCACAGAAUGACCAGCAGGGGAGGCUGUCACCUCUCCCCAAUUCAGGGGACUCUGGUUGUCCUGUAGGUUCUUCCAGGCUCUCCCCGGACCCCCGGAUCGACCGGUCGACGUCCCCUUUGGGUUCCAGAAUGUCGUCCCCCCACGGCCGAGCCAGUGUUAGCUCCUGUCCCGAAAUGGAUAACAAAGAAACGAAAAAGACUUCUACAAAGGGCAUAACCACCGCUCUGAGCCGGCGGCGGGUGUCCUGUCGCGAGCUGGGCCGGCCCGACUGCGACGGCUGGCUGUGGAAGAAGAGGAAGGACACCAACGUCUUCCUGGCCCAUAAGUGGCAGCGCCUCUGGUUCGUGCUCAAAGGACCGUCCCUCUACUGGUACAACAGCCCGCAGGAGGAGAAGGCAGAGGGCCUAGUUCAGAUUCCCACCUAUAGCAUAGAGAGCGCCGGAGAACACAAGAGGAAAUAUGUGUUCAAAAUGUGUCACCAACGAUUUCAAAACUUCAUCUUUGCUGCUGAAAACCUUAAUGACAUGAGCAAAUGGAUCAACUGUCUGAUCAUAGGCAUACAGAAGCACAGGAAGUUCCAUACAGGGUUUCCUGACAGUGAGGCCGAUUGCUGCAGUGAGACCGAUUCAGAGGAGGAGGGCUCCCCAUCGCAACGCAGGAGAAAUAAGAAAAUGCAGUCCAACACGUUGCCUCGACCCAAGAAGUCCAAGAUGCCUAUACCAACUCCUCCACCAGAGGGCAGCAAAGCAGGAGUGCCCCAGGACGACGAGAUGGGCGUGAUGAUCAAGGGGCUUAAGGAAGGCGGGGUGUCCAUGACCGGCCAGGACCAGCCCUUCACCCAGGACCAGUUCAGACGGUCGUUCAUAAAACGCAACAAGAACCCGGUGAUCAACGAGAAGGUGCACACGCUGCGCGCGCUGCACAGCACACUCAAGGCCAAAGAGGCCGAGCUGCUGCUGAUCAACAAGAUCCUGGACGACUCCGACCUCACCGCCACCAAGUUCCACCAGUGGAAGGAGCGGAACGAGGAGCUCUGUCUGGAGAUCGGGAAGGCCGCCCUCCUCCGGGGGUCCCCCGCCGCCGCCGCGCCCCCCACCCCUGACUACAGCCCCCCACCCCUAACGACCGCUGACGUUAAGGCGGCAACGGUCGCCGUGGAACCUGACAACGGGUCGUCCGUCGCCCCGCACGCGGAGGGCGCGGCCGCGCCACGGCUGAGCCUCAGCGACGGCGAGCAGCUGGUGGACGACAGCCUGCUGGAGAUCGACCUCGGGUUCCCCGCCAUGGCCGGCGACCGGGGGGGGGAGUACCCCGCCAUGAUGGAGCUGUUCCUGGGGUCCCCGCAGGGCGUCGCUGAGACGGAGCGGUCCGAGAUGGACACGCUCGCGGGCGGAGACGCCGCGGCCGCCGCCGACAACUACUUCUACAUCUGAGCGGCGGCGGAGGACCUCACGCUGGCGUCGGGCCGGGUCGUCAGUGGGUUCGGCAUGUGGCCCCGGAGGUGGAGCCGGUUGGCUGGUGUUUUCACUGGACGGCUGCCAGUGUUCGAUCCCCGGCUCCUCCUCGCGGGUCGAGGUGUCCCUGAGCGAGGCAACCUAACCCCAAAGGCUCCUGACUGAGCUGGCUGUCGCCUCGCACGGGUGAGUGCUAGGCAAUACUGUAAAGCGCUUCGAGUGGCCAGUGGUGAGAAGAGCGCCAUAUAAAUGCAGUCCAUUUACCAUUUAUUGUAUUUUUUUUUUUACACACAUCACUAUCCCACUUGACAUAAACAGAUGAGCAAAGAUUAAGUGGGAAGACUGGCAAACAUUUCUCCCGUUCUCUUUUGUUGUCUUGCGACAUUGGGGAUUGAUGUGAUCAACUUCAAUAAGGAGCUACACACUGAAUCAUAUCAGUGAGUCCCUCCUGCUCUUAAGGUUAAAAACCUUCCGACUCAAAUGUAUUUUUAUAAGGUAACUUACACCCAAGGUCACACAGUGUAAUAAGUUAUACCAUAUAUACCAUAUAAUUAUUCAAUAGUAUAGAUAUACUAUUGUUUGUACUACAGAUUAUUUAAAAGUCUUUCUUUGAUAAAUCUAUUUUUUUUUUAUGAGAAAAAGGCAAAGUAGUUCUAGAUAGUUAUAAAGAUAUAUAUUAUACUUUUUUUUUUACUCAGAAAUAAAUGUCAACUUUUUAUACAAUGACCGCUAUUCACUGUAGCUGAUGGAUGUCAGAAAGCUCACAGGAGGGGUGAAGUGUGUAUCUUCUCUUUAAAUAAUAUAGAGAUGCACAUCUUAAGCACCGUGCCGGAAAUUGGUUGUCUACCUUUUUUAAGAAUUAGUAUUGCCAAGUGGAAUUCAUUUUUUAUAAAUAGAGUAUUAAUGUUGUCCUUCUGAUCUACUGAAACUAUGAGUACACUGCUCUUCCAAUUGGAUUACAAUGGAGUUGUCUUAUAUUGUAUUCUUCUAAUGUAAAUACAAUUUUACAACAAUGUAAUGUUGGGUAAAAGUGAGAUUACAAAUUGUGUUGAUGGUAAUAAAUUCAUGUACACUUCU